AGCAGAUAACAUAACAAAACAAACAAGAAGCUAUCUCAACCAAACAUCCUCAACUCCCGCGUCCAACGAAACUCGAAAAUUGAGUGGGGUUAUAAAAAUCGCAUUGGAAAAGUUUAAGUAUUUCUAGCUAUGUAUACCAAAGUAAGCAUUAAAUUUACGUUGAAGUGUGUUGCUAAAACAGCGUAGCAAUUCAGCUACACCACAGUGUAGUUAGAGAGUAAUUCUAUCGCAGUAUACAAAGGAAGCAGCAACCAAAGCGUACUACCGCGGCUAGAAUAUGGAAUACGCCAGCUUUGUGAGAGACUUACGGAAAGAAUCUUACGACAGCUACGCCAGUCCCCCGGAUACCCAGUAUGCAAAGGAAUUUGAAGAGCAGAUGCAAGCCCUAGUCAUUAACUUCGAUAUUGACGAUGCAAGGCAGGCACAGCAGCAGCAGCAGCAGCACUCCAUCACAAGCACUCCACUACCAUCCGGUAGUGGGUUGAAAUGGAAAACCAGAAGAAAAGCAAAGAAUACUACAAUAUUCGACGAAACAGAACUGCUGGAAGUACCGAAAAAGAAAAAGGCUUUGGAUAUUGCCCCAAAAAGGACCGAAGAUCAUGAAUCACAGGGCUCGUUUGAUUCGAGCGAAGGCAUUUCCAUGCGUUUCGAUUCGUCCAGCUCAAGUGAAGAUAUUCCGGAUAUGGUGACAUGGAAUGAUUUAACAGCUAUUAUCUCAACAUCUAACAAAAUGCAUGCAAGGGAAGAAAAGCCACAAAGCCACGCGCAAAACUCUUACCCGUUUGAAGCCAUCCAAGGAGAAGACUCGUUGCUUGAAGCAUCGGUUGAUAUUUCAUCCAACGAUAGAUCACUGUUUGCAACCAAAUUAUCAAGUACUCCUGCGAAGCGCACGUAUGAUGAGGCUAAUAGCUAGAAUGUUGCUUUCGCCACAGUAAUGACAUUUCCUUUUUACUAAUAGUUUUAUAAAUUAAAUAGCUUUUGCUAAUAGCAGAAGAAUGUAAAUGUAUUUAAAAUUAGCUGUAUGAAAAUCUGUGACCAGUGGGUAAAAGUGAAACUAUAGAAAACAUAUGUAAAUUAUUCGCUCCUGUGCAACGUUCAUGGAAUUUGCAUUUGGCCGCCGAUUAGGGCAGCUUUGAACUUCAUCAUAGCCAUUCGAUAAGGGGAUCAAGUUGAAUUUUCAAUAAAACCAAAUAUGCGUCUAAUAUA